UUCAUUCGUAAAACAUCCGUUGCGCAGUUCAAAACAUUCGAAAUUCAUCCCUGUUUCUGUCAAAGGCGAUAGGUUUUUUUUCCUACAAAGUGAUAAAUCAAGUGAAAAGAGCUUCAUAAAUGCAAAAAAAGACAUCGCCGUGAAUUUUUACAUUCUGAAGUGUCAUAAAUAAAUAACGGUGACCCAUGCACUCAAUGUUUGAAUUUAACUGAACAUUCGAAAUCGAAAGUGAAUGUCAAUCGAAAGUUUUAAGGUCAGAUUACAUGUCAAACUCAUAUGUAUUUGAUUAAAAAAAAAGUGCACUACAUUACCUUACUAAAUUCGUGUAACCCUGAAUUUACAUUCCCAAGAUAAAAAAUAAAGUGACACCCAAAUCGCAUCUUAUUCGCUUGAUAAGUUACAAGGAUAACUUCGAAAAAGUUUGACAUUUCUUACGAAAAAAUUGCUCAACACGUGGAAGAAUUUUGAAUCACUUUAAACGAAAACAAUAAUUGGAAGCAAUAACUGGAAGAUUACUUAAGAGUGCUCUACUGUGGUGCUUGGUUUUUACGAACAGUGUGGAUUCACAAUAUGUUUCACUUAAUCUUGUUAUUAUUCAUAUCGAUUGGACUUAGUAGCUGUGAUAAUGAACAGCCGGCAAAACGCUAUAACUUAACAUGCGAAGAAUUAUGUGAACUGGCUGGAGUUGCCGCAUCCUCGCCGCCACCACCACCACGGAUAGAAAUGGAAAAACACUUCCGAAGUGAAUCAAAUCGAUCCAGAGAGUUUCCACCACUUCUGAUGAGUUCUACUGAAAUCGAGGGAAGUGAACACAGAAAUUCGAAGGUCUGGGAUCAAUAUCUUGGACAAUCUUCAAUAAUUUUCGGACUAUCGAAAGUAGCCAAUGAGGUUCUAAUAAACGAGCAGUGCUUCAGGGACUUUAAAAUUAUCGAGAAGUCUAUUUUAAGGAGGGAUCCAUGGGCUAUGAAAGUUCUGGAUUCUUCAGGAGGAAAGGAUUCUGGCUUCAUAUGGGGCCAGAACUACUGGCUGGGCAGUAAACAAGGCUGUGAUGCAGUUAAAGCUCCAGUUCGAAUAACUCUAUCCAAUCAAUUCGAACGAACUAUGAAAGAUGGAUUGAUCAAUCAGAUGGCUCCAUUCGAAAUGGACUAUCGGGUAGUCUAUAUGAAACACAAUUCGCCUUGGCAAGUUGAGAUCAAAUUCAUGCCCGAAAGAAUCAUUCAUGUGGGGCUUUGCUUACCCUCAUCAUGUUCUUCAUCGGAGAUUCAAAAUAUGACUCAGAGUUUAAUGGACGAUAAUAAGUUGGAGGAAAGUAAAUUACUUGAUCUUCAUGCCGAAGUAAUGUACGUUAAGGAUCUUAAACUAAAAGAGAGUUUCUUCGAACAGAAAAGUCUGAAGAUUAUCAUUGGUUGUGUGAUCUUCACUCUAACAAUGACCCUGUUGGCAAGCUUUUUAAGCGAAACAGUGGAAUUAGUUAGUGAAAAUAGCGUACUGUCAAAAUUUUUGUCAUUUAUCAAAUGUUUCGAUCUCGUCAGCAAUACUCGAAAAUUAUUUGCUGUACGUGAAGAAUCAGCAGACUCGAUUCCUGUCAUAAAUGGCUUGAGAUCUGUUUCAUGUUUCUGGAUAAUGCUCUUCCAUGUUGUGUGGUAUAUGUACUUCACCGUGAGUAAUAAGACGUUUUUGAUAUCAUAUGCUGAGAAGGCAUUCUUUCAAUAUGUUAGCACAGCACCUUUGUUGGUUGAUCUGUUCUUUACAAUAAGCGGAUUUCUGCAGACUUAUAAUUUUAUCAAAAAUGAGUCGAAAUUGGAUGUUAUUCGUAAAAGUUCCUUUGGGGAAAAUGUCAAGGCAUAUGGAAAAUUGGCACUUCAUAGAUACUUAAGACUUGCACCCAUGUACCUGGUCCUAAGUGGAAUUGUAGCUGUAUUCACAUCCUACAUUGAAGAUGUUUCGGUCUUCCACAUUAGCGAUCGUUAUGAUCAAGUUUGCUCGAAAUAUUGGUGGAGAAAUGUGCUCUUCAUUCAAAACUUCUUCAGCCACACUGAACUCUGUCUCAAUUGGUCUUGGUCUUUGGCUUGUGAGAUGCAAUUCUUCUGCCUUCUUACAGGAUUACUCUUUGUUUAUGCCAAACAUCCUAAAAUUGUUAAAAAUGUAAUAGCUGGAGGGCUUAUUGCAACAAUUGGAUGGACUUACGUUGUGGGCUUUAGAUCACGUUAUCAGCUGUCAUUUGAUGUGGCUCUACACACCGGCACGGAGAUCUAUAUCAAUCCCUUCAUUCGAAUAAUGCCCUAUAUCAUGGGGGCAAUUGCUGGAUGGUACUUGGUCGAGAACAAUGGAAAAUUUGAGAUCGGGACGACUACGGAGAAGUGCAUGUGGAACAUGGCUAUUGUAGCAUUCUUCGCGUGUAUAUAUUCAACUAUCAAGAGGGACAUGUCCUUCCUAUCAACGAUUACGCUCCUUGUUGUGGGACGUGUAACAUUCUCAGUGGCAGUUUGUUGGAUGAUAAUCGGAAGUGCAACAGGUCGUGGAAUUUGGUGGUCAAGGAUUCUCGAAUGCAAGAUGUUCCAACACCUGAAUAAACUUUCCUAUGCGAUAUAUCUUCUCAAUCCAUUCGUCAUAUCAUUUGUCUUCAGCUUAUCCAAUACCAGCUCACAUGCUGACCCUCUUCAAUUGAGCGUCAUGACUAGUGGAUUUGUUGUCAUCGUUUACUUGACGUCCAUAGUAUUUUCACUUGCCUUUGAAAUGCCUUAUUGCAAUUGGUCGAGUACGAUAUUGAAGAAGAAACUUAAGACCGCCUAAAAUUAAGACAUUGUAAAAUAAUUUAAGUUUUCUAUGCAUAAAAUAAUUUAUUUAUAAUUUUUUUCUAAUGCUUUGCUUUUUUUAAUCUGUAUUAACAAUACAUUAAUGAAAUGACUGUGAGAGUGUUUGUGUGUGUGAUUGAAAGUUUGUGAUUUGUUAAGUCUUUUUAUGUAACAUAGUUAACGAUUUGUAAAAGUCAAGAGAACGAGCAUUGUAAAUACUUAUAAAUUUAACCAGGGAUUUUAACCAAAACAGAAAUAAUAAUAAAAUAAUAACGCAAAAUUGCUUUUGGGUGAUGAUUAAAAAAAUAUGUAAGACGAAGUCAUAUGAUUUUUAUAGAAAAUUAAUCUAGAGCGAAAUUAUUAAAUGAUAAAAAUAAACAAAACUCAUAUGCUCAAAAUA